UUGAAAGCUCCUGAAGUUUAUGAGCUAAAUGCAAUUUUACUCAAGAUAUGCUGUGACAUCAUGGGUAAAUUGGUUGUCAAUUCACAACCUUUUGUUGGCCUAAUCUGCCAUGAUCAAAGAAAUAAACGACAUGAUAAUUUCUAAUCUAAAGAAUCUAGCACUGACCCCAGUGGAGCAUUUUCGCUCGAUUGGCCUAUGUAACGUGACAUACAAAAUAAUCACAAAAUGCCUAGGAGAAUAGUUGAAGGGUAUGAUACAAGAACUUGUUGGAAAAAAAUAUAGACGAUCUUUGUCCUGGGACUACAACUCACUUAUAACAUAUGUAUCCUUUAAGAAGUUCUCCACUGAAUGUGAGCCAAGUAAGAUCGAAUUGGUUGGAUCGUGGUUAAGGUAUAUUAGGUCAAAAUUUACGACCCCAUAAAGUGGGAUUUUUUUAUGAAACACCCUUCUAGGGGUGGCAUUUCAGUUAUUUCAGUUAUAACCGAUAACCGAUCGGCCGGUUAUCGGUUAACCGAAAUAAUCACUCCCCCUACCGAAAAUCGCCCGAAAUAGGCUUCGGUUUCUCGGUUAUCGGUUAACCGACCCACUUUUAAGACCAAAAAAUAUUUCGUCUAGCCUCCGAUAACCGACCGAAGUUCGGUUACCGGUUAGUGGAUAACCGGCCGAUUAUCGGUUUACCCAGCCGGUUAACCGAUAACCGAUAACCGAACUGGCCACCCCUACACGCUUCAUGUUGUGGGUGCACCCUAUCGUUUAUUGACAUUACCAUGCAGUGCAUCUCUUCGCCCACCAUGUGAGUCCAAUAGAAUAAUGCUCUCUCAAAGAUGUUCUCUUCUUUGUGAGGCUUGAGACAUGGAUGUCUUCUAUCCCCUUAUUUGUUUACUCUACCAUGUAAAGAUUAAGUCAUCUAAUCUCUAGUUGUGUCACUAGCGAGUCCUGGAAGUCGAUUUGGCUCACUAGACACGAGCCAACUUUGUCACAUCUAUUUUUUUUGUUUUUUGUUUUUGCAGAUGCUUUAAUCCUUUUUGGUGAGGCCUCCCUAACUCGAGCCUCUAUCAUCUCACAAUGCUUUGAGGCCUUCAGUCUGGCAUCGAGAUAAGAAAUCAAUUGACAAAGUCUCGUGUUUUCUUCUCAAAGAAUGCAACACCUGCAAGGAGCGCAGAGUUGAGUGUUGGCACUAGAUAUCCAAGCGACAUUUUACCUCAUACGCUACCUUGGUGUCCCUAUGAUCCAAGACUGGAUAAAGAAGGCAACAUACACCGAUCUCAUCGACAAAAUUGACUCCCGCCUUGCAGGAUGAAAAGCUUAUACUAUGACGCUAGAUGCGAGGAUAACUCUGGUGCAAUCGCUACUAACUCUGGUGACGAGUAUGAAUGAGGCUUUUAUGUUGAAUCUAACUUGGCGAUUGCUGACCGUAGAAGAGGCACUAUGUGCUCUAGUCACGACAGCCAAAUACUUGCAUGAGAUUGAGGAUGGCUCGUAGUCGUGCACAUCAAGACGUAUCUCCAACAUUUAGCUUUAUAUUGUUCAUCAGAAUUAACUUCCAACACCUUGACUUCACUAUAGGACUGUUCAUAUGGAUGGUAUAGUGCUUCAACUCACAAUAUAAAAAGCUGAGCUUUUGAAACCUUGACAUGUUCAACGGCAUCAAUACACGCUUCACCUCCUUCAGCUUACUUUGAACUACAAACAUGGGAGUAUCAGGAAGAUGGACCAUGUUUGCUACAUCAAUGUCCGAAACUCGGGAUGUUAUGCCUAAUACUCGAAAUAUUUGAACGAUUUAGAAAGGGAAUACACCAGAGGCCUUAUAGAAACUAAAAUUACCACAAUGAUUCGAGAAGUUAGUUGUGACUGAGUACCUCCAUUUUCAAGUUAGCGAACUCACUUAUCCACUUUUCAUUUACAAUAAUGAUAAGAUUUAUAUUCAUCGUGUGCGAAUAGGAUUAUGAUCUUGUGUGUAUCAUCCGUGUAAAUAAUAGGUCACCUAAUUCCAGACAUCCUACCUAGCAUCCAGCCUUGAUUCAAUCACCAUUGAAUUCGACCACAUAACCAGACUAGAGCUUUCUGCCACUACUCCCACCAUUGCCCCCAACUAGGGGUUCGAGACAAUAACUCCAAUAACAUCUGAGGGGAGGAACAUUCAUUGAAGACGAAGGAUCCAUAUAAAGAAAAAUAAGAGUAGUGACACAGGUGUCCGAUGCGGCUGGUCAAAAACGAAGGGCCAGACACCUAGCUAACCAAAUUUUAGAAGACAAAACUACUUUCUCUCUCAUGUUAUUUUCCUUUGCUGGAAUAUCUGGAAGGCUAGAAAUGAAUGUGUGUUCAAGAAUCGGAUCCCUUGGCAUCCGAACGCUAUUUUGCGAACUUACAAGGAAUUCACGGAAUGGGCUAAUUGCCCGAGGAGUCCCCCCAUUGACUCUCCUUCUACUCAGCUCAGGGGGGCCCAAUCACUCAAUUCUCCACCGCCAAGCAAUCACAAUUUUGUGAUUCACUGUGAUGAGUCGUUCUUAAACGACUCUAGCCGGCGACAUAUAGUGUUGUGGUCACUAACCACCAUGGACAAGUGUGUGAUGGGCGAGCUGACACUCUCCUUUGUUCCACCCCACUCGAAGCCGAAGAAAAAGCUCUUUUGGAAGGUCUCAAAUUAGCCCAAGAAUAUGGCACGGAAUGUGUUGUCCAGUCAGACUGCCAUCUGAUUGUCAAAGCUCUCUCGGAUGAGCCAAGAAAUUGGUCGUGGCGAGGUGCAGCCUGGAUUGGAUCAAUGAUCUCAAUCUUAAGAACGAACCCUCAAGUGAAGGUCAAGGCAGUUUCAUGUGCUUUCAAUGUUAGAGCUGAUUGGGUUGCACGAUCACUUGCUAGAUCCUCUCUCACUGUUGAAUGGAUUAGUAUUCUUGACCUAAUUUUGAAUUUCCUUUGAUAAAGCGUAUUCUCGAUUUUUUCGAGUUGGAAGUGGAACAAAAGAUGAAAUUUAUUGUCAACAAAAAAAUAUUUAUCUCUUCUUAAAUGCAAUCUAGUGAAAAAUUCAAAUUGAAUUUCCUACUAGGCAAAUAAAAAUUCCAUUUAUAAAAUAUGAAAUACCAAUUCAUGUAUAAUUCCGUUUGUGUCCUUGGGUAGGGAUGUCAAAUGCCCAUUCCUCUCUUCCAGCGGAUCCUCCACUUUCUAUUCCGUUCCAUCUCACAUCCGAAGACAAACUGACAGCUCAUCACUCUCUCUUCUCUUCCUCCCUUUGCUUUGCUUCCUUCACAGCCUUGCUUUGCUCUCUGGUUUUCCUUUCCCCAUAUUCCCCUUUCUUCCUUUCUUUCCCCUCGCUCAGAAACAUUCGCCGCAAAGCACUCCUCCCCUUCCACCGGCCGGCGACCCAAAUGCCUCCUGCUUCUCCUCCCACCAUCUGAACCCUACAAUUACUGCUGAUUGCCGGGACAGCAACUAAUUGCCGGAGGGGGACAAAUAAGAGAGGGACGGCGAAACUGGAAGUAGUGAAUAAAACAAGCCAAUAAUGUCUCUGUACGACGCUGCAUUCUUGAACACUGAACUCUCGAAGCCCACUUCCAUCUUCGGCCUCCGCCUGUGGGUGGUGAUUGGAAUCCUCCUGGGCUCACUGAUAGUCCUCGCCCUCUUCCUCCUCUCCCUCUGCCUAACUUCUCGCCGCAAAAGCCGGAAACGCCCCAAACUCGCCGAGCCCACUCCGCCCGUUUCUAAAGAAAUCCAGGAGAUUGUUCAGUUCCCAGCACAUGAUCACCACCACCACCACCACCACCACGCGGCGCCGGUCCCUGAGAUUCAGGUAGAGAUCGGCAAGAUCGAGCAUCGGGUCGUGUUCUCCGACAGAGCUUCCAGCGGGGAGAGCAGAGCCACCGCCAGCGGCGGGGAGACGGCGUCUUUUGGAAGCGGGAGCGUUGGGCCGGAGGUUUCUCAUCUCGGGUGGGGGCGGUGGUACACGCUGAGGGAGCUGGAGAUUGCGACGGAUGGGCUUUGUGAGGAGAAUGUGAUUGGGGAAGGUGGGUAUGGGAUUGUCUAUCGUGGGAUUUUGGGCGACGGCACCAAAGUUGCUGUGAAGAACUUGCUCAAUAACAGGGGUCAAGCUGAGAAGGAGUUCAAGGUGGAGGUGGAGGCGAUUGGAAGGGUGAGGCAUAAGAAUCUUGUGAGAUUGCUUGGAUACUGUGUUGAGGGUGCUUAUAGGAUGCUUGUUUAUGAAUAUGUUGACAAUGGUAAUCUGGACCAAUGGCUUCAUGGUGAUGUUGGUUUAGUGAGCCCUCUCAAAUGGGAUGUUCGUGUGAAUAUUAUACUUGGGAUGGCGAAAGGAUUGGCUUAUCUUCAUGAGGGUCUUGAACCAAAGGUUGUCCAUCGAGACAUAAAAUCCAGCAACAUACUCCUGGAUCACAAUUUGCACCCAAAGGUUUCUGAUUUUGGGCUUGCCAAACUCUUAUGCUCCGAGAGCAGUUACGUCACCACUCGUGUGAUGGGAACCUUUGGUUAUGUAGCACCGGAGUAUGCUUGCACUGGAAUGCUGAAUGAAAAAAGUGACGUUUAUAGCUUUGGCAUACUUGUAAUGGAGAUAAUUUCUGGGAGAAGCCCUGUGGAUUACAGUCGUCCACAAGGAGAGGUGAAUCUGGUGGAGUGGCUAAAAACCAUGGUUGGGAACCGAAAAUCGGAGGAAGUAGUGGAUCCUAAGUUGCCCGAAAUGCCAGCUUCGAAAGCCCUGAAGCGGGUACUCUUGGUUGCUCUUCGAUGUGUGGAUCCUGAUGCGACGAAAAGACCCAAAAUGGGGCAUGUGAUUCACAUGCUUGAAGCGGAUGAUGUACUAUUUCGUGAUGAGCGUCGAAUCGGAAAAGAAGGACAAGCAGCAGCAGGAAAUAAGUCUCGUGGGAAACUAGGAGAUGUGGUCUCUGAUAAAAGCGAAGAAGAGGGUAGCAGUAGGAAUCAGCAGCAGCAAAGCAGAUGGUAGAAGAAGAAGAAGAUACACGUCCAGUCCAGUCCAGCCAGCGAUUUUUAGGUGAUCUCUAACUAUUUUUAUUUUCAAGUAAUGUUUCAACUUGUUGCUGUCAUAAUCCACUAUUAUUGUACCAUACAAACUCUAGAAAUCAAUAAUCAGGAAUUCCCUCCUCUUUUUCUUCUUCUUCUUCUUCAUUUCAUUAUUUAUAUCCUACGUUGAUUGGAGGAUGCAUUUUGUAUUAUAAAUUCGGAAACGCAGCUGUAAAAUUUGUAAGAAUUCAUUCAUUAUAUUCUCUUCUAUUUUUAUACAAUACAAAGCCAUAACAGAACGUCCAUUCUCUCCAUUACGCCUCCCUCCACAGCCACAUGGCUAUAGUGUUAUCAUUUUUGUUGGUUAUGUGAAUUAGGGUUGUCUUUUUCUGCAAAUGUUGCUUUCAGAAAGAUGGAGAUCUAUCCGUUGGGUAGCCAACUAGCCAUUUGUCUGUAAGCGAUUCGAUUCUUUAUUCUUAUUCAUUGUUGCUUCUGUUAGGGUUCAUCACAUUUUGUGCUGGCUAUAAUCUGUUGUGUGUAUGGUCCUUGAUGGUAAUGAUACAGAUUCAUUGUGUCCAAGUUUAAGUACACAGCUGCUAUUGAUAGAAACAUCUUGGUAGAAAGGAAAAGGGUUCAACAUCACCCAGAAAAUCCAAAGGGGAGCGACCCCAGAAAAUGGACCCGGGCCAACCAGCUGGUUCCAUGUUUUUUUUGGGUUUUUCUUCUUUCCCAUCGAUCCAGCUGGUUGCCCUGGAAAUCGGGUCAUAUCAUAGGGCUUUGAUUUCAGCAGCAGACUCUGCCAUUUGUUUGUGGGGUUUCAUAAACGCAGGCAGACAGGCAGGGAUUUUGACGUGCUAUAUUAUUUAGGAUGGGAACGCAGUAAUUUGGGGUGGGCAAACGGUUAGGUAAAUCCGAACCGAAACCGAAUUAAACCGAACCGAAACCGAAAUAAUGCUAUUCGGUUCGGAAUUCGGAAGGAAAAUAUGGAUAGUUUGGAAACCAGGGUUCUUUCAACCGAACCGAAUUUUCAAAUUUCCGACCGAAAAACCGAAAUACUAUAAUUGCAAGCUCCAAAUGGUGGAUUUUUAUGUUUGUAGUUGUUUUUAGACUUAAAUAUUUGAAAUGUUAAAUGACUUAUGUGUUGAAAAGUUUGAUUUUAUCAUUGAUGAUGCAUAUAAUUGAUAUUUAUUGUUUAUAUUAGGGUGAAAAAUAAUUUAAAAGUGAUAAAAUACAAGUAGCUUCACAAAUUCGGUUUUGGGUGAAAAACCGAACCGAAUUAAAAUUCGGUUUAAACCGACCGAACCUAAUUAUAUUUUGGUUCGAAUUCGGUUUGAGGUUUGAGAGAAUUUGGGGACCCAGUAUUCAUAAUUUCGGUUCGGUCGAAACCGAACCGACCAAACGCCCACCCCUAGCAGUAAUGCAGUAUAAUAUAGUCCCUAGCAUCGCGGGAGUGGCCUCUGGUAUCUGACGAUCAACAUUAGUAUCGUAAUAGUGCAAUUUAGAAGAGUAAAGUUGCGGAGGGGAA